GCCUUUUUUAUUAUUUUUAUUAUUAUUAUUAAUUUUAUUUUUAUUUAUAAUAAGAUGAGUUUCCACGUUAAUUUUGCUCCUCAUGGAAAGCAGCUUGAUGAAGCAUUUCAAGCAGUAAUUAGUGACAGAGAUGAUACAAAUUGGUUAAUAUUUGCGUUUGACAAAGGCACUUAUGAUCUUAGAGUUCAAGCAACAGGCGAUGGUGGACUUGAAGAGUUAAAUGACGAAUUCUCGGAUGGAAAGGUUCAAUUUGCUUAUGCAAAAGUCAUUGAUCCUAAUACAGAACUUCCAAAAUUUGUCUUUAUUGGUUGGUGUGGUAGUGGUGUUCCUGAAUUGAGAAAGGCUUUCUUCAACUCACAACUGAAUGAUGUAUCCAAGUUUUUCAAGAGUUUUCAUGUUCAAAUUAAUGCUCGAGAUGAGGCGGAUGUUGAACCUAGUCUUAUCAUGAAACGUGUUGCUGAAUCUUCAGGCGCCAACUAUAGUGUCCAUAAAGAAACUGCAAAGCCUCAACCUAGGGUCGAACCUGUGGGUUCUGUCUACAAAAAGACCGAAAUUCCUGACAUUGCAGCAAUGCAACGUGAGUCCAUGAAAAAAGAAAAUGCACCCAAACCUGUUGGUACAAAUUAUACACCUAUCCAAACCGCACCAAAGAAAUUGGGAAAUCGUUGGAAUGUAGCACUGCAAAAUCAAGAUUCAGGUGCUAUGGCAGUUCGUGCUGAACGUGAACGAUUUGAAAGAGAGGUACGUGAACGUGAAUCUCAAAGAGCCAGAGAGAUACUAUCCAAUGAGAGUCAUAAUGAAGAUGAAGAGAGAUUAAAGGCGAUUAAACGUGAACAAGAAGAAGCUGAAAGAAAAGAACGUGAGGCUGAAGAAGAAAGACGUAGACAUGAAGCUGAAGAGGCAGCCAAGAUACGUCAACAAGAGGAACAGGAAGCUCUAAGAUUGCAGGAAGAGGAAGAAAGACGCCGUCGUAUUCAAUUAGAAGAAGAAGAAAAAGAACGUGCUAGAUAUCAACAACAACAACAACAAGAAGAGGCUGAACGUAAACGUCAAGAAGAAGAGGCCGAGCGUAAACGUCAAGAAGAAGAGAUGCGUAAAGCCGAAGAGGAGGAAAGAAGACGUAGAGCUAGAGAAGAAGAAGAAAACCAGCGUCGUCAACAAGAAGAGGCAGAAAGAUUAGAACGUCAAAGGCAAGAAGAAGCAGAAAGAUUAGAGCAUCAAAAGCAAGAAGAAGCAGCUGCUCUUCAAUCUCAAAUGAAUGAGGUCACUGAUCGUGCUAUUCAUGCUUCACAAACUGCUAGUGCUGCUGCUGCUGUCCCCAAUGGUCAAUAUGAAGGUUUAUGCGCUGUUGUUUUAUUUGAAUAUGAUGCUGCUGAGCCCAAUGAAAUGUCACUUGUGGAAGGUGAAGUUAUUUCUCAAAUUGAUCAAGUAGAUGAAGGAUGGUGGUAUGGUGUUGGUGAGGAUGGUAAAAAACAAGGUUUAUUCCCUGCUAACUAUGUUCAGCUUUUGGAAGAACAGCCCUCUUUAGCUCCUAAUGAAUCUGUAUCCACUUCUGCACCAACUUCUACACAAGCCUCAACUCCACUUAAGCAACAAUCCGAACAAGAAGAAGAUAAGGGUAAUGUUGCUGUUGCGCUUUAUGAUUAUGAAGCAGAUGAAGAUAAUGAAAUAUCUUUUGUCGAAGGUGAUGUUAUUACGCAUAUAGAAUUUGUCAGUGACGAUUGGUGGCAAGGUCUUGCUGCUGAUGGUAAAUCAGUUGGUCUAUUCCCAGCAAACUAUGUUGAAUUACAGCAAUAAAUUAUGUAACUUUUAUAAAAUUUGUUAUUAAGAUAUGUAAUGUUAAGCUUAUUACUACGGCUUGUUAUACAUAAUUUGAAUAUAUGUUAUUUUAUUGUAUAAAAAGUAAGCAAAUAAAGACCCUAAAUGUGAUUUUGAG